AUGUCGGUGGCGACGGGCAGCAGCGAGGCGGCCGGUGGGGCCGGCGGCAGCGGCGCGCGGGUUUUCUUCCAGAGCCCCCGGGGCGGCGCCGGCGGCAGCCCGGGCUCGAGCAGUGGCUCAGGCUCCUCCCGUGAGGACUCGGCGCCGGUGGCCACGGUGGCCACGGCGGCCACGGCGGGGCAGGUUCAGCAGCAGCAGCGGCGCCACCAGCAGGGAAAAGUGACAGUGAAAUAUGAUCGCAAGGAGCUUCGGAAGCGGCUGGUGCUGGAGGAGUGGAUCGUAGAGCAGCUGGGUCAGCUGUACGGAUGCGAGGAAGAAGAAAUGCCAGAAGUGGAAAUUGACAUUGAUGAUCUUCUUGAUGCAGACAGUGAAGAAGAGAGAGCUUUAAAAUUACGGGAAGCUCUUGUAGACUGCUACAAACCAACAGAGGAAUUUAUCCAGGAGCUGCUCUCUCGGAUAAGAGGCAUGAGGAAACUGAGCCCUCCGCAGAAGAAGACUGUAUAAUUCUGGCACAGGAUGGAACUCUCCCAGAGACGAAGAAGGGUCCUGGGAUUUGGGCUUCAUGAAGACAUUUAUUAAAGCAUACUUGCCCUUAUGAGAAACUUUUUUUUGGGGGGGGUUGUCUAUUAGACAUUUAUUCAAGAGUGUUCCUUUUUUGUUUUGGGAGUUUUUGUUAGUGUAAUAUUUUAAGAGCAAGAACAUCACGACUCUGGUUUCAGCCCAACCAGGGGUUAUCAAACCAGGCAGACAUGCAGGAAUGGGCUGAUCCGGGCAGCAUUUUCUUUGAGAAAUUGCAGGUUUAGGACCUAACUAUACAGGGAUGAUGGUUUUCUUACAACUAGUUUGGUAAUACUUUUUCUUAAGUUGUACGAUUGUCUCAGAUGUCGAAUUUCUCGUACAUAUAUAUAUCUACACACAACCAAGUUAAAAUGUAGAUGUGAGUUUUAUUUCACAUUGAUGGAAUAAACUUGUGGUUGUCCUUUAAUUGGAGGUCACAGCACAUGGGUUUUCAAGAGGUCACUAGAUAUUCUUCAUGUCAUGUGACUGCUGCUGACCUUCAGCGUUCACUUUAUGCACCAAAGUGAAAGAAUUUAGUGUAUCCGUUAUUUUAAUGAGCUACGCCACAAAAAGUUGAGUUGGUCAAGGGCUUAAUUCAUGGACUUUAUAUUAUUUCAUUAAUUGGGAUGCUUUGCCAGGUCAUGUAUUUUUUGCCUCGUUCGUGGUAUUUUAAAGUUUUAUGAACCCUUCAUUUGAAGAACUGUUUAGAUUUCUAGAGAAAUGCCCAUGCCAAGUGGUGUUUUGCAAUGGAAAAAGGAAGCACUGUGUAGCAAUUAACUCUCUGCUUUCAACCAAAUACUGUGUAUUCUUCUCUCUCCAUGAAAGCAGGUCAGAAGGAAGUUAGCAAAUCACGUAUCUUCCUCCUUAGAUGUAGAUCUGGUCACUUCCGUGCCUGGGCAGCAUUAGACCAGAGCGGGUGAACUGAGGGUUGAAGACUGUAGAGGUGAGAAAGGCUCACCUGCUUUCAAGAAAGUUGAUACAGGAGCACUGGCCGCUUUGGAACGGUGGUGG